AAGACCCAAUUAAGGCCAUUCUUGCGCUCGGAAAAAUUGAGCAUUGACUAAAGAUUGCCAAGUCUAAAUUCUGUAGAAAAGUGUGCCAGCACAAUCAAUAAGCGUACUCAACAUCAUGUCGGACACCCCACUUAACGUCCAUCUCUUUGAAAAAUUCCAAUUCACAAAGAAAAACUAUCGAGAUGUUUAUCCAGCCCUUGAAUCGUCCGUCGUUGAAUCUCAGGCUGGUAAAACUGUCAUUAUCACUGGGGGGAGUCAAGGAAUCGGGAAGGCUAUCGCACUAGCGUUCGCGAAAGCCUCUGCGCAGAACCUUAUCCUUGCCAGCCGCAGCGUCGCAAAGCUCGAGACUACCAAAGCCGAAAUCCUCAAGAUGAACAGCAAAAGCAACGUUCUCGUCGUCGGCGUCGACACGACUUGCGAGGCGGACGUCGAAAAGCUUGAAAAAAUUGUAAAAGAUACAUUCGGACACGCCGUAAGACCUUAG